AUGGCGCUGGGCUGGGGCGUGGGUGGCGUGGUGCUCACCUGCACGCUCGCUUGGCCUGGUAGCGGCGCUGUGAAACAGGUCAAUGUGGCUGCCAAUGCUAGUCCAGGAACCGGGACUGUAGCAUCUUAUGGAACAAAGAAGUGGUACGGAAGCACCCCCGUUUACAAGCUGAUUGUUGGACCAGAAGUGGCUCGGUAUGUAUAUCCUCAGUCCAAUGCCCAAUAG